GAGACGCUGUCUACGCUGAAUGCAACAAAGAUAAGUCAGACAGCUUUUUUCUAAAAUAUAACAUCCAUGGAUUUUCAAUACUUUCCUUCGUGUACUGAGGCGAAAACUCUACAAGUGCGAAACUUUAUGGAUAAAGCUGAUUUUGCUACGGUAUCGAUCAAUAAUUCUAGACCCAUAAGCUUCAAUGGGAUGAAAAAUAACAUUGGAAAAGCUAUUGUUUCUUCAACUUAUCUUCUAUAAUAUCAUCUAGAUAUUGGAUAUUAAUUACACUGAUGACAAUAUUAAUUAAUUAGUGAAUAGGAUAUUUAUUAAUGGGAUGUCCAUUUAGUAGAAAGAUGAGAGAUUUAAUGUGUUGAUUAAGAGUCAACAGCGUGAAGUAAUACGGAGUGUCGCGUUUUGAAUGAAUCCAACAAAACCAGACUGGUUGGUGAUAAUAUAUCAAAGUGUAUUACGCGUGGGAUGUAUGCAAAUACAAGGCUUUUUUAAGAAAUUCUGUUUAUAAAUGCUAAUUAAACAAUCUAAUUGAUUAGGGCAUUAAAAAAGCUUUAAAUAAGUUAAAAGAACAAAACAAAUGUGUGCCAAAUCGAUGCUGAUUAAGCAGGCACUUUUUAUAGUGUUUACUUUCUUUGAUAGCAAAUUAGAAUAACAGAUGGAUAUGGCAGAGGCGACAAUACAGGUAUCCACGAUUACUUGUCCUUAAUUGCUGCAAUUUUGUUUUUUCAAUAAUUAGAACAAUGAAUGCGUAAACAAAAUUUUAUUGACUCAAACGAAGUUCAAUUAGAUUUUAAUUGAUCUGUAAUCAAGUGGUCUUUUUUCACUAGAUUAGAAAUGAAUACCUCGCCAGGAGAUCAGAUAACUCCGAAGGAUUGCUGUAUUUAAUAAACAUUGAUUGUGAAAAAGAAAUACGAAACGUAGCAGAUGUUGCUUUAAUCUAUAUUAGAUAAAAGACUUAGCUCUUCUUUACUAAAACAAACAAUGGUCUCUGGGGUAGGCUGAACAGGGGAUAAAAAGUUUGUUGAUAUAAAAUUAUUCAUUUAUAAUAUCGUGUAAAGGUUAUCCUCGCUCACAUAUGUCAAAAUGUUUUUACUCGCUUAUCUUAUUGUACAUUUGAUUUAAAUGUUAUGAAGUAUUCGCUAAAAAUAACGGUGUGCCAAGCUGAUGAGAAAUUCAGUUUUCGAGGGAGAUUAAGACAGUUAAGAAAUUGAUAUUAAAUGGAAUAUGAUUGAAGAAUUACUAUAUCUGAAGAAAAGUUAUUGCCAAAAGGACACCUAACCAACAACUACAUAAGGUCAAAGUGUGCUUAAUGAAGGAAUGUGGACUUUGAUGCACUUUGGGGCUCUGCUGGUAUGGAGCAGUCUGACUGUUCUCACUCACUGUCGCCCAAUCAGCGUCGGAGUUCUGAGUUCUGCAUCCACGCACUGGACUGAUAUUUUGCAGCAAUAUGGUAAUAUAAAUGGUUCAACACUUAUAGAAACAAACGUCAUAUAUGAAAAAGGAUCAUUCACCUCACUAGAUAUAGACAUAGCAAUAAAUGAAACAAGGAGAGAUACUCUUGUCGCAGUUGUGGGUCAGUUCAAUCGUCUAUACUCCAUUGUAACUGAUCAUCUCCGAAUCCCAUACUUCAUUACGUCAACAGUACCACGUAACGAACUUCAAUCCCCUUUCCACAUCCAGAUGAUUCCAGACUUACAAAUGUAUACAAGAGCUAUUCGAGAUUUGUUUCAGCAUUACGGGUGGCAGAAUGCGGGUGUUCUUUAUGACACUGAGCAUGGAUCCUCAUUGGCUGCUUUGAUGAUGGAACAUAUAAACGGUAAACGUGAUCUGUACGAUAUACGUGCAUACGACGUCCAGCGUAAUUCAUCUGCCGAUGUUGUUCGAUGGGCAUUGAAGGACCUUAGAAGAAAACUUGUUUCAAAUUUCCUUGUUAUAUGCUCACCCAAAAUUGCUGAUGUUGUUAUGACUCAGGCCUUGUACCUGAGUCUCCUAUCCCGUCCAAAUAGUUGGCUCAUUGUUACCCUGGGUUCAGGAGAUAUAGAAAUGUCGCAAUAUAUAGACUCUAGAGCCAACCUUACACUUCUUCGCCUUAUGGUAGAUCCCCAAACACCCCACUGUGCCUUGCCAGACAGCGAAAUUAGCCUUACAAAAGCUCUUUACUAUGAUGUAUUUAGAAUUAUAAAUGGAACUAAUGAUGUUAAGGUGUCAGAUGAUGAUAAAGAUAAAAUAUCCCGCUCAGAUCUUCGCCGACAAGUCAGGACGCAGAUAGAUAUCAAUGGUUGUACCGGUCCUCUCAAUUUCACUCGACAAGGAAGUCGCAACGAAACCUAUCUACAGAUGAUUGCACUGGAGGGUCUCGUAAACGGAGCGGGAUUCAAUGCGUUGUGGGAGACAAAAUCCCACUUGGAUGAUGAUUUUAGACCUUGGCUUGUCAAACUGUCCGGAACAUGGUAUAGCGGGGGAGACAAGUUGGAGAAACGAGUACAACCAUCAAAGACUUACAGUACGAUGCUAUUAAAAAACAAUGACAUAUUUGCAGAUAGAAUCCUAAGAAUAACAACACUCAUCGAACCGCCUUUCGUUCAGUGGAAAAACAAAACACCAGAGGAAGGCUUGGCAAUGGGAAAUGAAAAGUUUGAAGGGUUUUGCAAGGACAUUAUAGACGAGAUUGCAAAAAUGCUUAAUUUCAAAUAUAACUUGACAGUCGUACCUGACCGGAAGUUCGGGAGUUUAAAACCUCCACCAAGGUACUGGACUGGAAUGGUCAGGCACUUGCUAGAUGAUAAAGCCGACGUUGCAUUGGCGCCAUUCAGUAUAACACCGGAGCGAAGUGCAGUUGUUGACUUUACAAAACCCUUUAUGACAAAAGGAACAAGUGUUGUAGUGCGAAAGCCUGAGAGGAGCGUUUGGCCAUUUCAGUUUUUGUCUCCAUUGUCUAAAAUUGUAUGGAUUGCCAUAUUUCUUUCAUUCGUAUUCAUUGGGCUUUUUCUCUUCGUAGUGACUAGAAUUACAAACGACGAUCAAACGGAUUUUAGGGAUGACUUAAAAGUUAGCUUCUGGUACGUGUGGGGAACACUGCUGAGAGCAGAUCUUUCGGGCUCGCCACUUGCAAUGAGUGGGAGAAUCAUCAGCGCUACUUGGUGGUUUUUCAGUUUGAUAAUUAUUUCUAUAUACACUGCUAACUUAGCGGCAUUUCUAACCAUAUCAAAUGCACAUAUACCAAUCAGUUCAGCCGCAGACUUGGCUAAUCAGGACGAAUAUAAUUACGGCACAGUUGAAGAUGGUCAAAUAGAGUCAUUUUUCAAUAACACUAAUAUUAGCCAUUAUCAACAAAUGCGUGCAUAUAUGAUCAUAUAUAACCCUGAUUCAAAAGUAAAAAGAGUUGAACAUGGAUUUGCACGCGCUAUGAAGGAAAAAUAUGCAUUUAUCUGGGACUCACCAACUGUGAGACAUGAAACAGCAAAUAACUGUGACCUUAUGGAGAUAGGGACUCCAUUUGAUUUGAAAGGAUAUGGAAUUGCUACACAGAAACAUUCAAAAUAUUCCGAACCGUUAUCAAUGGCUGUGUUAGCGCUGAAUGACAAUGGAAUCCUGUACAGGCUGGAGGGAAAAUGGUGGCGACGUCCAAACUGUCCCGAUCCGAGGUCAAAUGCAAAAAGUAAGGAAAUCGAAAUUGAGGUUGCCUCAGGGAUGUUUAUAGUACUUCUUGGAGGAAUUGUUUUGUCGGCUAUCGUCUGUUUGAUACAAUACAUCGUCAAUAAAAGAUGUACGAAAUGUAGGGACUUCUGCUCGCCUAGGGAACCGGAAAUACAAAGCAAUCAUAAUCACGUAACAACAUCGUUAGAAGACCACGUGGAUGAGACUACAGUCGUGUUGUCAAGAACUUUGAGCAUUGGCGAAAAUUGUGUCAAUACCAAUAAAUGGGAAAACAACCAUGCGUGCGCUAAUUCAUCUGUUACGUGACACACAGAAGAUCAUAUAUUCUGUGAAAACAAAUAUUAGUAGGAAAUGGCUGAGUUACAACAUUGAUGAGUUUCGGGAGUAUUAACAUUGUCUGGCGUAAUGAAGGGAAAAUCAGUUUGAUAUGACAUACGGGACAGAGAGGUUUUUGAAUCAUUUAUGGUUGGAUUGUCUUGGAAUAGCAAAUAGGAAAGUAUAGUUGGUGAUGACAAUUAUCUCGAUAGGAAUUGUAUUGAUGGACCUUUGAUAUUAUAUAAACAGUUUUAGAUCAUUGCAUCCUAUUGCAAUUAGAAACACUGUGUUAUUGACUAAAUGCAAGCGUAAUUCUGUAAUUCAGAAAUAUGUUUUACAUAGGUGUACAUAUUGUUUUGAAGUGAUAUUCAAACUCAUAUUUUGUUUUUUGAAAUCAAUAUGGUUUCAAAUGCCUAAUGAUUUUCUUAGAAAUAAUUUGUACAAGCUGAUAAUUUGAAUGCAUUAGGUCUGUUUCUUUAAUUGAUGCUACUCUUCUAAAAUACUAUAAAUUUUAAAUGAUAUGUUCAAUUUCCCAGUUUUUUUAUGCUGGUAUCCAUAUUUGCCUGUAUAUUGAUGGCUCCGGCUAUCAAAUGUCCUAAUGAUUUUUAUAAAAUCAGUAAAGCAAUACGGGUUUAAAUGGGCUGUUUCUAAAGUGACAAAAUGCAUGUAAGAAAAUGAAUGUUGUGGCUGUAAACGAAAAGUGAGUUUAGUGUAAAUGUAAGCCCGACAUAAGCAGAAAAAAGAAGUAUGUAUUGUUCUUGAAACAUUGGCGAUAGAGUUCUGUUUAAGCAUACAAUUUUAUCCAUUAUGUUGGUAUCUUGUAAGUACAUAUAUAUACGCAUUUUGUCUAUUUAGAAGUAAUAUGUAAUCCAACCAUAAAAAGAUCCUUCGGAACCUAUGAAAGAAACUUUGCAAAAUAAGAUCCGAUUAAGAAUGUUCAUCAGAGAAACUUCACUUUGCGACACCCGCACUUCUCUUGUUCACAUAAAAUGUUGAUUGAAUGUAGGGAUAAUACACGUUUUUGUGUAUUAACAUCUGCAGAAGCCAGCGGGAUUGUUUGUGACCGGUCACAAACAUAUCCCAAGAGCUUCUGCAGACGUUAAUACACAAAACAAACGUGUAUUGUCGCUAUUCUUGCAUAAAAAACAUUACACGACGACUAAAUGCAUUGUUUUCAUAUGUGAUGACUUUACGAUUCCGGUACAUUUUUAAUUACCAUUCUGUCGUUCUUGGAAACGGUAAACAUGAUUUAAAUAUCCAUAACCAGGGCCCAGAAAUCAACAACACUUCCAAAAGCAUGUAAUGAAGGUUUUUAACCAAUUUCUUUAUCUGUCAUUAUAAUACAAACAUAAAAUUACCUAUAUUUUUACAUAUCACUUAAAAAUGUGGUAAACAGGAACACAAUUUCAAAAGUAAUAACUUUACAUUCGAAUUAUUUUGAGUACGAACACAUUUAGAGUACGGAUGAGUACGAACGUAGUGACAAGCUUUCAAAUGUUUUAUUCGAAUUCUUAGCGAAAUUAGAUAAAAACAUUCCGACUUAUACUUACUAAAGUCAUUAAAAUGAUUCCUAAAAACAAACAAUUGCGCAAGUUACACACAAUUCUUAUAUAUUCACGGUUCACCAAAAAAUGAAUCGACUCCGACUUCUUAAAGGGUUGUAAACAAGGGGUGGAGCGCGCACGUACAUUUUUGGGGGUAGUGCGUUUGGUUUUGGUAACUGAUACUGCAAAGCAUACUAUGGAUUAGAUUGCAUCUUAUAUGCUACAAGAAGAGAAUAUUACGGCAGAAUCAAGACACAGAAACCAGAUGUCAAUCUGCGCAGAAAUACAUACGAGGGGUGUUCCAAAAGUAAUGUCACUUGCAUCGGUUCUCCUAUACUGCAAAUGUUCUGAUCAUUUUAACUUGCUCUGCCCUUCAAAAUACUCUCCGUCAGCCUGAAUACACCUUUUGAGCCGGUCAAUCCUCUUUUGGAAGCAUUGUUCAUACUCUUCUAUGGAAACACCCAUCAGAUACUGACAAACAGCAGAUCCAAGGGCAUUUAUCGAUUUGUAUCUCUUUCCAGACAGAUUAUAUUUACGUUUGGAAAACAGAAAAAAGUCGCAGGGGGCCAGGUCUGGCGAAAACGGAGGGUGUGGAAGGACGGUAACCUUCUCUGACUCCAAAAACUCGGUCACAAUGCGUGCCUUGUGAGCGGGCGCAUUAUCAUGCAAAAGUCGGAGGUACUCAAGUCCUGUUUUGGGGCGGCGACUUUUGUAGUAGUUCUUCAAUUUUCUUAGACCAACUUUUUUUAUAAAUUUUCCUAUGACCGUACUGCCUUUUGGUACCGGAAUUUGAAUGAUUGGACCCUUCUGAGUGAAAAAAAUACAUACGAAACCUUCUUCACCGUUCGUAUUCGUUUGGCAAUACUUAGGCGUCUCGCAUUUUUGGUGACCCAAAUCCGGUUGGAAUACUUCCGCUUUGGUUCAAAAUAAUAAACCCAGGUUUCUUUACCAGUAACUAUAUUAUCAAAAAUCCUUUUGCUGUAUUUUAGGUACAUGUUCAGAAGUUUUUUUUUUGCCAUUGUUACACGGGUCCUCUUUUGUUCAUCUGUUAACAAAUGGGGUAUCCAUCUUGCAGUUAUUUUUCUAAGUUUUAGGUGUUUCUUCAAAAUUCCAUGAACUCGUGCUAACGA